AUGGCCGCCGUGGCAAAUCCCCUGCGCUCCCGGCUCCUCGUCCGCCCAGUGGCGAGACCCUGCCUGUCCUCUGGCUUCUUUGCCUCGCCGCACGCACGCACGCCUAAGCCGGCCCGGUCCGCCCACAUCUCGACGACGGCGCGAGCCCUGGCUCUCUCCAGACCCGUUGCGGCGCUCCUGCAAGACAAGGAGGCCGGCGAGAUUCCUGACGUGCGUGUCGAGGGCUUCGUCAGGUCGGUUCGCUCGCAGAAGCGGCACAGCUUCGUGGCUCUGGGAGAUGGCUCAUCGCUUGAUCCGCUCCAGGCCGUGGUCCCGGCCGACCUUGCGGAGGGGCUCACAAUAGGUGCCGCCGUACGUCUCCAAGGGUCAUGGAGUCCGUCACCAGGGCGUGGCCAGAGCCACGAGUUACAGGUCACUAAGGCUGAUGUCCUGGGACCAUCGGACGCGAGGUCGUUCCCUGUCCAGAAGAAGUAUCAGACGCUCGAGUACCUUAGGACGAUUCCGCAUAUGCGGCCAAGGAUACCGUUCAAUGCCGUCGUCCUGCGGUUCCGGUCACAGCUGAUAUCCUCACUCACGCGCUUCUUUGACAGCCGCCAAUUCGUGCAGACCCAGACGCCCGUCUUCACUUCUGCCGACUGCGAGGGCGCGGGCGAGGUUUUCCACGUGACUGCCGGGUCCAGUGAGCAAGGAGGCAACAGCGGCGGCGAUGACACCAAAGAAGCAUCCUUCUUCCGCCGUCCUGUGUACUCGACCGUCUCUGGGCAGCUCCACCUCGAGGCUCUUGCACAGUCCCUGGGCCACGUGUGGACGCUGUCGCCAACGUUUCGGGCCGAGCACAGCGACACGCCGAGACAUCUGAGCGAGUUCUACAUGCUCGAGGCAGAAUUGAAUUUCACCGAGGACAUGAGCGCUGUGAUGCAGCUUGUCGAAGACAUGCUCAGACACGUCGCAGCGGACUUAUCGGAGCUCCCAACUUUUGAGGAAAUCACCAGGGAACAAGGAAGGUCGCCCGACUUAGCGCCUGCUGGAGAAGUGCUGCGACGCUGGGAAGGGCUGCGGUCUCCUUCUGCGUGGCCGCGCAUCACUUAUGCUCGAGCCAUCGAGCUACUCAAGAACGCUACGACAGAGCAUGAUGUGAAAUUUGAACGCGAGCCUGUCUGGGGCACAGAUCUGUCAACGGAGCAUGAGAAAUGGAUAGCUGCAAACCUCGGCAACGGGAACACGCCAGUGUUUGUCACAAACUACCCAAGAGACAUCAAGGCAUUCUACAUGAAGGUCGCCGACGGGACCUCUGAUUCGGCUGGUGGUGAGGCAAUGACAUCUCGGCAGACUGUCGAGUGCUUCGACUUGCUGGUACCCGACUUUUGCGAGAUUGCCGGAGGCUCCAUGCGCGAGCACCGGUUCGACGAGCUGGUUCAUGCCAUGGAAGCGAGAGGCAUGCCUACGGGAGUCUCGGGAGCUGCCCUCAUAGACGACGAGAUCAAGCCCAACAACAGCAAUGGGGACGUCAACAACCUCGACUGGUACCUAGACCUUCGCCGUUGGGGUUGUGCCCCGCACGGUGGCUUUGGCCUAGGGUUCGACAGGUUGCUCUGCUAUCUGACGGGCGUUCAGACGAUCCGCGACACGACCGCGUUUCCACGCUGGUACGGCCGAUGCGACUGUUAA